AAAUACCUAUUUAAAAUAUUAAAUAUCCGUAUUGAUACCCAAACUGUUCUUUAAAAUGAUAUGAUUAUUGUCAAUAAUUUCAUCAAGUAUUUGAAGUCACUAAUAACAGUUAUUGAAAAUGUUGAUGUUAUCUCGAUGAGGAAGUUUUGAACAUAUUUUUUAUGAUUAGAUUUGGGAACUGACAAAAUUUUACAUGAGUCAGAUAUAAGCGACAAUGAGUGUAAGAGUUCGUGUAGAUAUCUACAGGAGACCAAAAUAAUUUUGUAUAUGUAACAUAUGUGUACAAUAUGUCAGACAACACAGUUACAAACACAGUGGAGGACAUUCGAAAACUUGUUGGAAAAUUUACAGAUAAUCAUCAUGAAAUCGAAGAUUUGUUCAAUCAAGGGCUUAACAAGGCUCUGUCUAAAUCUGAAAUUCGUGCCUAUACAGUAGACGACUGCAAUGAAUUGAUAACAGAGUUGGAUCAUGCUCUGGGUGUUGUCGAAGAUAAAGUAAAUCAUACAUUGAUAAAUGUAAAGGAUCGUCUAAAACAAGCAAAAAUAGACGCAUUAGAAAGAAUUCUUAAGCAUUGUACGUGCCAGGAUGUUAUGCGAAGGGAAGGGCAUAAACGAGCAAAUAUUGGAACAAGGAAGUAUGACAGUGGCGUUGGAUUGACAUGUUCAACAGACUCAAGGAUAUUCUCUGAUUCAGGUGAAGCACCCGUUGUUCAACCGACAGACGCAUCCAAAAGCAAUAACUGUGCAGAGGACGACAGUUAAGAUGCAAACGCAGAUAAAAGCGACUGACGUCCGCAAAAGAUAUCAUUGAUUAGCUAGAGCAUAGAAGGAAAAUGUGUAUCCGCAGCUCUGCUUAAUUAUGGAGCACAAGAUCUGACUUGUCAUGGAAAAAGAAUUAAAGCCAUAGCCCAGUUUUGCUGUAGCACAGAAUGAACAUUUUAAGCGUAUCUCUGAUUUGUUUAUACAUUGAUUACGAAUUUUGAAUUUUGGAUCUGUUCCCGUAUAGAACCACCACCAUCACCAUCAUCAUCAAUAUUAUUAUCAGUAGAAGAAGUAGUAGAAAUAGUAGUAGUAAUGGUCCUGGUAGUGGUUGUAGUAGUGGUGGUGGUUGUUGUGUUGGUAUUAUAAUACAUUAUUUUGUAGUAUUAGUUGUUGUAUAUAAUAUGACUCUUUAGAAAUUAAUGACCUAUGUAAGACAUGUCUCAUUUCGUUUCCUUUCAUAUGCCUAUUCUUUGGGUUAAUAAGAUGACUGUUUAGUUGUUUGUGCUAUAUUUGUUUCAUAUUGUAAAUAAUUUGUUUUGUUUCGUAAAAUGUAAAUGUUUUUAUUAUAUUUACCAAUAUCAUAUAUUACAGCUGAAUGCUUUGUAGUUUUGUUCAGAUCUAAGUUUCUUUUAAGACAACAUAUAUAGCAAAGUCAUAAAAUCUAAAUAUUCAAACAGUACGAAGAGUUUAUACGCCGGAGGAAUAAUUUCACUAGGGUGUUUUGUUAUUGAAUUAUAACAUGCGACGUAUAACCUAUUUGUAGUGCUUAAAUAUUCUAAACCUUGUUCGGCUGUAUCUUAUUUCGACUGUUUUAUGUAAACAAUAACUUAAAAUAAAGGGGGCAUGUGACGUUAACACGUAACCGCGUUUUUACAGUUUUAAAAUACGGUACUAAGUGUAUAGACGUCUCUACGCCUAAUAAUCAUUAUAGGGUAUAUGAGCUCAGUGUAAUAUCCUACAAUUACACCAUUUCUAUUUUCAAAUGCCCUUUAUUCAUAAAAUAGUAAAUCAAAAUGUGGUAACACUAUUUAUUGGCGUCUGUUUGACGCCAAAUAAUGUAUCGACAUGACGUCAAAGUUUUAAAUGCCGUUUAAGUUUGUAGCAUGUCAUUUUUUCAUGUGUGUAUUGUUUGUUUCAUAUCAUGUCAUGUCAUAAUUUCUUUUAUUUCAUUAGUAAGGUAAUGAAUAAUCUGGUAAAAAAAUACCGUAAGAUAUGAAUAUACAGAGUCUUUAUUAUAUUUUACUGACCUGAUAAAAAGCGGUAUUUUAUGAUACAAGUCACGCUGAUCAAAAUUUGUUUUGAUAGUAAUAACAAAAGUAUCAAUCUCAUAAGUGGAAAUAGUAAAAUAGUAACCGCUGUGUUUGCAUGAUGGGAUAUAUUUUAUAUUACAAUUAGAAGUGUAUAUUUUAUAUUUGUGGAUACAGUUUUGUAAUUAGCCUCCUUUAAUAUGAUAUAAUCUUUUGAUUUCAACACGAUUUCUACGUUAUCAUUAAUUUUUGAUAGGUGUUAAGAUAUUUGAUCAAUCUGAACAAAAAGGAUUUUUUUUUUAAUUUCUUGCAACUUCAGAAAUUCAGAGGGAGGUACUUAUAAAUUUACAAAGUUAUUUUUGAGUUUUAUGAACCGUAGUUUUAGUUUCAAAGAAAGCAACUGAAAUUGAAAUGCAUGUAUAAAGGAAUUAAAGCUUUUAUUUCUAAAAACGGUCAAACAAUGUUUCGUGUCUUUAGAACAAAAUUACACUUAUUCAAUUUUUAUAUUUUGAUUUAAAUGUCGAAAAAAAAACAACAUAUUUAGAAAACAUUUGGGGAUCAAUUUUUGUUGUCAGGAAGAAAGAGUAAUGGUUGUAAUAGUCACUGGAACUUGAUAGAACUAUCAUGUUUUGUUUUUAUGGACAGAAGGCCAACAAAGAUAUAAUAAAUAUAGGUCGCCUUUCGUCGGUAAACCUUUUCAUUUGCUUUUUUCAGUCUCGAGAAUAUUAUACGAAGUUUAACUUUGUCAGUCUUUUGGCAUUGAAAGUUUAACAAAGUUCUGUUUAAAGUACAUGGUUUUCAGAGAAUGUAUCAAAACUAUAAUGCCACUCGUAGUAAUUGUUAUCGGUAUGUUAUUGAUGGGCUAACUGCCUAAAUACUAAAGAGAAGCGAGAUGACUUUUAAAAUUAAAAGUAUUUGUACCAGUCCAGGAUUCAUUUCUUAAAUUCAUGGAUUUGAUUACUUUUUCAUCAAUAUUUUUAAUUUUAUUCUUUGUUUUGUGCUUCAAGUUUCAUGUUACAACCUCGUUUUUUCUGGAAAUAUAUAUUCUCAUAUUGACCUCUCUAAAGGCAAUAUUUGUUUACUAUUAUAAAAGUUGAUCCCCCGGAAGCACAGAGAACAAGGCAAACAGUAAAAAUUGCAGACUCGGUUUGAUUGAGUCUUUUCAUGAGCAGAAAUGGAAAAUGCAACACUGCCCACGCCCACUAGCACCAGCUUAUGCAGUAUUCAAUCUUCAAAUCUAAAUGAGUUGAAAUCAAUGAUCCCGAAGGACCAGAAAAAUAACAACACUGACAAGAAGUCGGGGCGACUUUUUAGAUCUAUAUUAUAGACAUUUCCAAUCGUUUUGAUUAAAAAGUCCAUUGACUCGUGGGCAUGGUAACGGUUUAGUUUUAGGUUGUUUGGUUUAAUGUCAACCCGAUAUAUUUAUGGGUCAUAUUGUGACUAUCAAUAAUUUUAUGGCGGAUGAGUACAGAGGUGCCCCACGAGACAUCAUUUCAAGGACGGCCACCUGGGUAGAUUACCAACCUUCCGUAAGCCGGCUUGAUGGCUUCUUCACAUAAAGAAUUCUACGACCAAACCGCUAAUAUUCACAGAUAUCUCUUGCUAGAAGGGUUAAUAUUUUGGGAAUUUAGGUUUAUGAAGUAGCGACAUAUUAACUCUGUAAAUGGUUUCUAUAUGGAAUAAUACACACACAUGUCAUGUAAGCACUGCCAUUUUUACUAUUUCAAAGGCUAGGUUCAAAAAUAUAUUUGUUGGUCAUACUGUUUGACGGCAUGAUGUAUAAAAGAAAUUUCAUUUAGGCCCGUAACGACAUUAAGCAUAAUUAGCAGUAGUUUUUGUGUGUUCAGUGCUACGAACAGCCAGCAGUAAAUCUUAUCCUUUAACUGUCAACAGCUUUUCAUUUGAUUCAUGCAUACAACUUAUUAAUUCAACACUGGCUUCCCGGAAAUCGUUUAUUAAAUAUCCUUUUAAAAGGGCUUCA